AUGGCUUCUGUUAUUCCAGUUACCAUUAUGCCAGUUCCUCCUAUUUUGGUUCUGCUAUUGUCUCUAGGCUUUGCUCAUGCCACGUUUGACUGUCGACGUCCUAACCAGGAUUGCCUGAACGGCGGGAACUGCACCUUCACUUCAGCAGAGUGCAGCUGUGCUACGAACUACACUGGCUAUGACUGUGGCCUUGAAUCUGCUAAAGUUGAUCAGAACAACUGUACCGCAACAGCGUGUGUCAAUGGAAGCACCUGCUACGACGACGGUACCGGAGCCAAGUGCUACUGCGACAGCGAACACUACGGCGACAUGUGUGAAAAAGAUCGAUUCUCCCUGUCCUGCGUAGCGGACCUGAUGAUCAUAGGGAUCAACCCGUACAGUGCUGCUGGCUACGAGGCUUUCGUGGAGGACAAACAGGGCGUGACUGGUUGCAACUCCCAGGCAGUGCCGACUCCGGUAAACACGUCCGACAAGAUCCCUGACAGCUGGGAGGGGCAUUACAUCCAAGUGGAACAUGACAGUGCAGAAUGCGGCCCCAGUGUACCAGUCAUUACCGGCGGUAAGAAGGAAUUUGACCGUGUUGUGGUGGUCAAAUACAGCCCGAAUCUGCUGACCGACAUCGACGACCGCUUCAACGUAAAGUGUAUCCUAGAGAAAAAUGUAGCCGUGGAUAGCAGAGUCGUCAUGAUCAACGCCACGGGCGUGACUAGCCAACACGUCGUGUCUCGCGAGGAUGUGGCCAAGGCGGUGGACUUCUAUCUGUUUGUUGGUGGACGCCAAUACAACGGGGAUCCUAUUGAUGUCGGAACAGAACUUCAAUUCGUGUUUGGCGUGCAAGGAGUAUACACGUCGUUACGGGUGGAGGAGGGCGAAGCCAACAACACCGUUUCCAACGCCACAAAGACGCUGAAGCUGAUAGAAGGAAGCUGCAUGCACACUGACGGGUACCCUGUAAUCGCAGAGGCAGUCACCCCUGACUCUUCUAAUAGCAAGGAGUUCAAUCUGAGAAUACGAGCAUUCCACUUCGACGGAAAUGACGAACUGAUUUUCUCCUUCCGCGUCAGAGUUUGUGUGGCGGCAGACAGCUCAACCUGUGAACCUGUUAACUGUACAGCGCCUGGCGGUGGUUAUGGCAGAAGGAAGAGAGAUGUUGGGAAUGAGGUGCAGCUGUACAAGGCAGUGAAGAUCCGUAGUGGGGCUGGAAGACGUCAUGAAGAAGACUCCAACCCAAGAACAAUCCCUGACAUCACAGUGUGCGAGACAUCUUGGCAGAUGACAGCAACCUUCAUCGCCAUGGCUGUGGCCAUCUUCUUCCUCAUCGUCCUGUCUAGCAGCCUCAUCGUCAUCGCUGUCCUGUCACGCGGCAGAAAGGACUCCAGGACUGAUGUCCAAGAUGCCGAGAGGAGGCAGUAA